AACAACAUUAAACCAAUGAAACGACGUCAUACACUUAGCAUGUUUGCCUUGUUUAGAUAGCAACCAACUGAUGGUAACCCCUGUAAACGACCACUGUUAAAAAGGCAAGGCGAACAUCAAUAAAGCUUUGCUAAAGGUCAUCAUGGCAACACAACUAAGACCGAUUCCCCGGCACCAAGUUCCAGAUUGGUUUACAAAUAGUCACACAAUUUCCACUAAUGCGGAAAGACAAAGAGAUGCUUCUCAUCAAGUUCGACAAGAAAGUCGGUUUCUUCGAAAUGAGACUGACAACCAAACAAAAUGGGAUCAGCAAUCAAACAAUACCCGGUUAGCAGAUCGUAUAGAUGAUAUCAGAAAAUGGAAGGAGAUUUUAGAAAAGACACUAGCUGAAUUAGAUAAAGAAAUAGCUGAUCUGUCUGAUGCAAAAGAAAUGACAGAGCAAGCACUUGAAGCCAAGAACCUCCCAUCAGAUGUAGCGAUUGAAUGUCUUACUCUCAGGGAAGGAAGGCAAAGCAUUGAUGUUGUUCAAGAUGAGGUUGAAAAUCAGCUCCACAAGGAAGUUGAGGUCAUUGACGGGAUUAAGAAGGCUCUUCAACAGAAAGUCAACGAAGGGUUUGAACAACUAUGUCUGCUCCAGGAGGCAAGACAACAGAUUCAGGCAGAUCUUCAGGAUAAAAACCUUGCCCUAGGAAUUGAUGUUGAUCAAUACAAUCUCACUGAUAGGUCACCAAACAUCAGUUUCAAGCCAGAUUCCCUUCGUGUACCAAAGGGGAGUACCACACCACAACAGUGGGAGGACUUCAGUCGUUACAACAAAGACCGUGCUGAUGCUGAGAUGAAGGCCUCUACCAGACUAAGGGAGGCAAUCCACCACACCCUGCAGCAGUGUGACAAUGAUCUGGAGGCCCAGAGAAUUGCCACAGAGUAUGCAUACAGGAAACGUAUCCACGAGUUUGAAAGGGCCAAGGACGAGCUGGAGUGGCAAAAAAAGAAUACUGAAGAGGAGAUUGCCGAGCUCGAGAAUGAUAUCCGUGGCAUCGAAGAAAAGAUCCGUGAGAAGAGGAACCCAAUGAAGCUGGCUCAGACCCGUCUGGAGAACAGGACAUACCGCCCCAACGUGGAACUGUGCCGUGAUGCUCCACAGUACGGUCUCACUGACGAAGUGAAGCAGCUUGAGGCAACAAAACGCUCUCUGGAAGAGAAACUCAAACAGGCAAAACAUGCUCUGGACGGCCUAGAAAACAACCUACACAGAAUCAACGAUGACCUUGCUCAAAAGAUCAACUCUUUGAACCUUGAUAAUAGAUGUAUGGAUGUCCGCAAGAAGCUUAUGACCCGCCCUCCCACAGCCCUCGAGAGGAAUCUGACACUGACUGGAAUUCAGCGAGAGAGGUCUCAGGUCCUUGCAUAAGAGUUCAGUGCUAGCAUUGAAAUCAUCAGUAUUUGAAAUGUCAAGAGGGGGAAAUAUCUUAUAAAGAUUUUGAUAAAGAAAAGAAAACACUUAUAAACAUUGUUAUACAUUAAACAUUUCUGGAAUUAAAACCACCAACAACAUGGUCUUUCCAUAAGUUAAGCAUACUGUGAUUUUACAAAAUGUUGAGAACAACAAGUUUGUCAUUUCUACAAAAACUUUUUUUGUUUUGUUCUCUGUUUUUUCCACAUAUUCAUUUUGAUUUUGUUAUUUUAUUGGACAUUUUACUGUUUUAUCCUAUGUAGUAUUGGGAUAAGAGUAAACCAAUAUCACACCUGUACAUAAAAAAACUGCUGUAAAAUACAGGUGUUUCCCUAGCCGUUACCUGCUAGCUGUUGUGCUUACUGUUUUAUUUAAAAUGUAUAUCUAAAUCGCAUAUAUAUCAAUAUUUAAAUUUUGUUUUACUUAUUGAUCCUACACUGGUCUAGGUGUAAAAUCUUGUGAAAUAGUCUCUGUAUGGGAUACAUGAAUAAAAUGAAACCGAGUCAUGUUUUGAGGUAUUAUUUUGUUUCAUUUUGUUUUUAAACAAAAGAUUA